AUGCCAAAGCAUCUACAAUAUGGGCCGCGCACGCCGCCUCUUCUCACUAUCAACUUCAACCCAACCCAAACUGCUCGAGCGAAAAUGUCCGACGACCUUCUAUCAUGGUGCGACGAUCUCCACCAGGUGCGAGGAAACAUCUCGCAGCUCCAAGCAACGCUCAACCAGGUCGUGGCCAAGGCGCCCACGGUGGCUCAGUAUAAAGAAUUGAUGCAUACUUAUGGCGAGGCGCCGCAGCCGCUGGCCAUGGCAGAAAAGCUCCGUGUGCUGCUCCAGUCGCCGCAGCUCAAGGUGGCGGUGCGCUUGAAGAGCCUCUACGACAAGGGCCUCAUGCCGUUUUUGCAGACGUUUGCCCACAUCAACUUCAAGUCUGCCAAAAGCGACCGUUAUGUCGGGUACUUGUUGGACUACACGCCCGAGGAGAGAAAGGCGAAGGACAGGUUCCGAAUCGACGAGGGUGAGAGGACGGUGGAAAACGGCAAAAGCAUCGACGGCGCAGACGGCGCCAAAACAGAACCCGAAAGCGGCCAAAACCAAGGCCAGAGCGACAAGGCCGACUUGUACCCGCCGACGUUGCCGCCGCUCAGCGAGCCUGUGCUCAAGCUUGUGCUUACAGACAAGUCGUUUCGGCAGCCCGGCGAUUUUCUAGAAGCGCUGCACUUCAGCAAUUCGCACAACCGCAAGCUUGCCCUCCACGGGUCUGCUUUGGUUGAUUGUGCGCUCAUUUCUCUCGCCAACACGGCGUUUCCCACGGCCCACGAAGACGAUUUGCAGCACUUGCGGUUUCGGCUCACGGCGCCGCACGUCGUGGCACGCUUGGCAUACUGCUACAAUCUUUCCGAGGCAGUGAUGAUGCACAUCUCGCAAGAAUUGCCCGUGGAAGACAAGAUGCGCAUCCUCCAGACGGUGUUCUACGCCUAUGUCGGCGGCAUGGCUCGCCACGGCUACACGUUUGCCGAGAUCCAGAAGUGGCUCAGCAAGCUUUACCAGCCGCUUUUUGCCAAACUUCCCGACGCACAGGUCAAAAACCUCCAUGCCGUGGCGUACGCCGAGUUCCAGUUCUUGGUGACGCGGGCAAACAACUACUUUGAGCAUCCGACGAAAAAGCUCCGCUACGAUUUCGAGCAGGAAAACGAAGACCCGCUUGUUUUCCGUCUUCGCGUGGGCGAACUAGCAUUGGCCUCUGGAUCCGGAGACACAGCCUUGGCCGCCAAACAGAGGGCCGCCUACAACACCUUAACAGACGCAGAUCUGCGCACAAAGCUUCUAACGCAUCUUCUCGAGCACUACAGAACUCCAGAACGGGUCGAGCCGCGGAUCGAGCAGUCUGAACCCCAACCAGAUCCUGAAGCGGAACCGGAAGACGACGACGACGAUGCAUACUCGCCUGAACUCUCAGAAGACGUUUUUACCGACACUUUGGAUGGCCUGAACACCGGACCGGACCCAGUUCCAAGUACAAGCAUUUCGGGCCCCGCUGGACUUUCUGGACCGACAGGAAUCAUUUCCGAGCCCCAAGGACAAUUGCAUUUUAGCGGCUCCGGUCAUAUGCCUCCAGCUGGCGCAGUGUCGCAACCAGUGGGACAACCUCCAGCUCCAGGCCAAGCUCCAGGCCAAGCUCCAGGCCAAGCUCCAGGCUCAUGGCGAAGCACUCCAGCCGCUGCUCCUCGUAUGCCAUUGCCCUACGGCGCCCUUCCGCCUAUUCCCAAUAUGAAGAAGCGUCCGGACAAACGGAGGUAG